AUGGGCCUACUGUCCGUUCAAUUCCCCAAGACGCUGGCACGGGUGUUGAAGGACACUGUGCUGGCGACCGGGGUGCAGAUGGUGCACACCUCAGCGUCAACCAUCCCGCAAAGGGUCAGCGGGACCCUGAACCUGUCGAAGAGAUCAAAAAGAGCCCUGGCGCGCGCCCGUGUUGUGAAGCUGACGCGUGGAAAUCGGGAUGCGGUGGUGGAGCAGACCUACGCAUUCCUGCGCGAAAGUCUUGGACUGGGCCCACCGGGCACCGGAAAGCCCAAGCCCCGACGAGUCGACAAGAAGAAGCGGAAGGAGGAGGAGCGAAGAGCCAAAGAGCAAGCUGAGCGCGAAGCCCGUGAGCGCGAGGAGAAGGAACGGGAGGAGGCUGCUGAACAGGAGAAGGCGGCCAGGACCGUCAUGGGACCUGGGAGGCCAAAGAAAGAGCCCGAGCUGAGCGCGAGCCGAGCGAAAGAGGCGUGCCGAAGCGAGGCAGAAGGCAAGAUUGUGACACGUCGCCUGACACAGGUGAUUCGCUCCAGCGACCUGUCUUUCUAUCUAUACCUAGCUGCCGAGGAUGCCAAGAAUGGUCUCGUGGGUGACUCAGCCAUGCCUUCACAUGCGGAGGUUCCUUGCGUGGAACAUGAUGAUGAAGAAGACGUGGAGGCAACAGCUGUGGCUCCGUCCUUUGAUUUGGUGGAGGACAUCGACAUUGUAGAGGAGAAGGCUGCUCCUCCCCGGAAACGGCGGAAAGGGCAGCCGUCGCCCGUGUCUUCCGCGGGCAGCUCCCCGCCGGAGCUUCCGGCUUCACCCGAGGCUGGACUACGGACAGAGCGCGCGGGACUGGCAGAACAUGCUGAGCAAGUGCUAGAGCUGCUCGAGCCAAAGCCCGGCCGACUACUGGCGCUGACACUUGGUCCAGGUGCCAAGUGCACUGUUGCCCCAAGAAUUAGAGGCUUCCUUGGCAUGGGAGAGCUCCGCCGGCAGCUGGUCUGCUUGUGGGCCCCAUCCCAGGCCCCUGCUGCUGCAAUGGCUCUUCUAGCAACAACCUGCCGCUCACACUUGAGUGUCGCGAGGCUUGGCUUGUGGCUUCGCCGAAGCGCAAGCUCCCAGGUCCAGGCAGAGGGUGCAGCUGACGUGCAGAAUGAGAAGCCCCAGAGAGCAGUUACAUCCAGCCAGACCUCGCAGAGGAAGGGCCCAGGGGCCUUAAUUGAUUUCGAGUUUAUUGACAGGGCCCUUGAGCCGCAUCGUCAUGCCCGCGAUGCUUCUGACACUUGGAGUGGCCUCCGGGCGACAGUGGAAAUGACUUUGAGCCGGGGCAACUUGGAUACUCACUUAUGGUGGCGCCAUGCGGCGGAUGCGCGCAAGCGCUUGCUUGAGUGGAAGUCGACGGUGCAGACUUCUGAAGAUGCCAUCGACGCAACGGCUGUCAUUGUGUCGUGUGCGCGUGCGGAAGUCGAGCCACGAACAGGUGUUUACGCCUCCUGGAUCCGGGCAGUGCUGGCAUCUAAUGCACGCAGGCAUGCAAGGCCACUUUUUUCCGUCGGUGAAGUGUCAGCUGCUGCUGCCUUUCUGGGCAAGGCUGGAGCACUGCCGCCCGACGCACGAUUUUGGCACGAUGGCUUCCCAUCUAUUGUCAGAGUUGCUGGUGGCCUCUCGUCAUCCGAGAUGGCACAGGCAACUGCAGCCUAUGCCUGCGUCAGCCUCUCGGCUGCUGCUGGUCAUGCAGGACACGCCGUCUUCGACUCGGUGGAAUCCCAGCUGCCUUUUGUGGAAGUUUCUGCUCAUGAGGCUGCUGUACUCAUUUGGGCGCACAGACGUUGUGGGCGACUCUCCGCAUCAAUGUUUCGUGAUCUCUGGGUGAGGUCCUUGGACAGCAGGCUCAGCGAAGUGAGCCCAGAGCUUCUGGCAGCCCUGGCGCAUGCGAUGGCCAGUGUCGGGCUGCCCAUGCUUUCAAAAGCGUCGAGUGCAGUUCCAGCUUCACAGCUGUUGCAGUCGCUGAGCAGACGCAGCAAGAAGCCGGCUUCGGUGGACCUUCUUUGUCGCAGCGCUGGGGUGUUGGCAGACGCAGGUUUAGUGAUGCCUUCGGAUGCCUGGAUGGUGGUUGAAGCAGCAGCGCCGAUCCUCGCGCAGAUCUCCGACUUGGGUCGAGCGGAGCUCUUUCGCAUGCUGGCCGUACUCGGCAUCGACGACGAGCCCGUUCUGUCGCUGCUGCAAGCAGGUGCCCCACGGCAGGGGCUGCUUGCCGAAACGCCGCAAGCAUUCGAGCUAAGCGCUGCUGGCUUGCCUACCGCACAGACUCUCGGUCGAGGCCGUGAGUCGCCGGCAGCUUCCCAGGCAGCUGCGGCCUUUCUGGAGGCUUCGGCUCUCCUAGCAAGUGGACCCACUUCGCCGGAUCUGAUCGAUGGGGCGGCGGAGGCUCUGGCUGGAGCCAGCGCCUCGACGCAACUGCGCUCGGUCUUGGCCCUGACUUCGCUGGGACACUCCGCAGCGGCCAAGCUGGAGGCAGAGCUUUGGGAUCGCCCCCUCUUGUGCUACGAUGCGGCAGAGGCUGAAGAGCUCCUAAGGCUACUGCCAGCCCUGGCGUCUCGACCCAGCAGAAGCCUGCUCCAUGAGAUCAUUGGCUUCCUCACUGAAGAUGGCCCGAGAUGCCAACUUUCAGCAGAUCAAGGAGCAAGCGCAGUGCUGUCAUGCUCCCUUCUCGACACAACUAUGGACGCGUGGCAGCUCGCGGUUGACGGUGAAGGAAUGGUUCCCGAGGCCAUCUCAUUCCCGGCCUUGCUCCAGCUUUGCCUCGCCGCCGUCCUGGAGGCUUCGGCGCUCGAGCGCCUGGACCAGGUCGGAGUCCUGCCUCUCCUUCGCCAGAAGUCCGAGCAGCGCAGGAGUCGCUGCAGCACCGGUGCUGAGCUGGUCCUUCUGCAGCUUUUGCAGGCCGUCUCCCAGCGCGACUAUGAUUGGCCGCUGGAGUUGAUUUCAAAGGUCUGUCCCUCUGUGGCAGUCAGGCCGAGACCUUGGCUCCACUCCGCGGAGGCGUCGAAGCGAACAGAUGCGUGGCUUCAGCUGUUGCUGGCCGAUGAUGAUGGAUUCGCAUCGGCCGAGCCAUUAGCGGGAUGCGCGGCGAUUGGGUCUGCGAGGAAGCGGCUGUCCUGCGCCUUGCUGCGUGCUGCGUUGUCCACGAUCGCAGGUGGCCUCAAAGAAGAAGGUGCGUGUCCGGCCAGGGAAGGCAAGAUUCUGAGUCCAAUGCCGGCAGCUGCUCUUGCCGGCGUCGUGAUGGAGUUGGAUGACUAG